AUCCUCUUUUCUUCUGUGGAACUUUAUGUUGUUCUCUGCGGAGCUGGUUUGACUUGGCAGGAUGGGGGAGAGGGGGAGUCUGAAUAGGAAGUCGAAGAUGGUUCAACCAACCUCACCCCUAUCCCAGCAUGCACUGGGCCUGAUUCUCCUCUCACCUGUGUAAAUCAGGAGUAACGCCAUUGAAGGCAAUGAAAACUGGUGAUGUAAAACCAAUGCCACUGAGAACAGAAACAGGUCCCCUACUUGUCACGACUGGCUGCCCAUUAGACCCUACUGUCUCUGGGGGACAGAGCCACAGGGCUUUGCUCCAAUACGCGUGUUGCAGGGUGUCGGGCUUGGCUUUUUAUCCAGACUGGUUUCCUGGCAAAUCUGCCCUAUGUUAGGAAUGAAGCAGUUGGAAGGUGAGAGCUGUCUGUCUCCGGAGCGGCAGUAUUGUCCAUCCCAGCCAUUCAGGAGGGGGUGGUAUGUAUGGGAGGGGGGUGUGCAGCCAAGGCUGUUUCUGAUGCACCUGUUACUUCUGCAGCCAGGGUCAGUGGGUUGUGGAAAGCCACGUGAUUUACAGCUGAUUCUGCAGGGGAGAAAGUAACUGGAGACGGGGCCUGAGUUGGCAGUGGCAAUACGUGUGCUCUUUCCUUGCUAGAUGUUCUCGCUUUGCGCUUCUCUGCCCUCCCACUUUGGCGAGCGGGACUCUAGGCACGUGCACGGACAGGACAUGUCCAAGAGAAGCAGGGUGUGGAGUGGACAGGAGCUAGAUGGUUCAGAGCACUGAGAGCAUGGUGAGGGGAUGCAGCACCUUCCCCCUCUAGGAGCCCGGGUUCUAGUCAGCUGCAGGGUGCUAGCAACUGAAAACCGUGACUCAUUGGUCUCUGUUGAAUGAGCCGGUGCCAACCUGAUUUCAUGCAGGCAGGUAUCUGCUCACAGAAAACAGCACUACGCGUCGGCAGAGAAAUUAGGACAGUGUCCGGGGGCUUGAUCUCCACCUGCUGCCUCUCCGGGUGAGCAUAGAGGCACAUUAGCCAUGCAGUGUGCAUCUGCCCUGUGGCUAAAGAGCUAACAUCCGUCUCCAGGGCAGUCGAUCUAGCACCUGGCAGCAUUGCUGAAAUGUCAAGUAGAGAAGGGGGUGGGAGGAGGAGAUGAGGAGGUGGAAAUUAGCGGGACUGGUCCUUUCCCCCACAGGCGGCAGUUGCAUCCCUCUGUUCCCUGGGGUUCUAAUGAAAAACGUGCUGUCCUGUUUUUAUUGAUCUAAACCAGGCUUCACACAUAGACCAAAAAUAGUUUCCCUCCCCACUGCGCAUGUUGUGAGGUCUUAGGAAUUGGAGGAAUGGCUGUGAGCAAGGAGCAGCAGCUGUCUGGGUGGGUUCCAAGGCAGAGCUAGCAGAGCGCUGUUCUUUAAUUGCUCUAUAUUUGAACAUCUAGAAAUACUGGGAGUCCUCUGGUGUGCUACAGUCUCGUGCCUUUAAGGCUGGGGUUGGGGAGAAGGGUCACAGGGGACUUAAUAUUCACAUUCCACUGAACAAUGCUUGCACCUUUCAAAUUAUACUGGGCCUUAGACCUUGGAAUCCUGCCUCAUUGCUAAGGUAGGAGAGCAGCGUGUCUACUAGUUGAGCAUGGUGGCUUCUAUUCAUGGCUAGAACUAUAGACCCUCCCACUGACUUAAACGGGACUCCCUGUGCAUGGGCAAGGGUGGGGCCCUCUAUCACUGUGGAUCUCAGUUUCCCUAUCUGUAAAAUAGGAAUGAUACUUAAUUUUUCAUCUGUAUCGCCCUGAGAUCUCUGCCCGGUUCGUUUGUAUAACUUGCUUUUAAUGAGCCCUGAUCACCCGUCAACAUCCUCUUAUAACCUGCUUCAUAAACAAGGCAGAUCUACCAAGGAAUUUUUUGGUAACUAUUCUAAAUAUUACCCCCAGCUGUACCCUUUUAAGCUGUGGAAUAAGGUCCACUUGGUGGGUACAUCUGGCUGUAAUUCUGCUGCGUGUGGUGACGCGGGGCGGUGCGUGUGUCCCCGGGACCCAGGAUAAAAUUGUAAGCUAUACAAUGGCUUGAUAGUUCACUUACCAAAAUAAAAUGUCCCUCUCUGGUGCCCUCUUGUUAUAAUUUUGGUCUCUUAAACUUGGAUUCCCCAUAUGCUCCCCCGUGCCCCCAAAUUCAUCCCACAUGGAUUUCCUUCUCUGUUCACUGAAGUCACCCUAACAGCUGUGCCAGCCAGCAAUGUGCUCCCUCUGAUCUAAGUGCCCUGCUCUCGCUUCUUCUGGGGGAAUUUGGGGCUCUCAGCACCCCCUUUAUUUAAGAGGCCCUGUUGCAAACUUCCGUUGCAGAUAACUCAAGAGCCUGUGUCCUAUCCGCAGACUGCGGCUAGGGAAAGGAUUCCGCUCCAGCAGAGGAAACAGUUAAAGAUUAAGGGCGGGGGUGCCGCUUUCAGAGGAACAUGCCAUCCCGACUUGGCCAAUGGGGAGGGAGGGUGUGCGGCAUAGCAUGGUGGAGCUAAUUGCCACAGUCCUGCUCAGAGGUUACUACGAGUCAGUCUCCUGGCUGGAAGCUGCAGCAUGAGUGGUGGCUACGGGGUGGGAGGCAGGGUGAGCUGAUCUACUGAUUCCUUAGCUACGCAGGCCACGCACAUGGCUCUAAUCCCAGAUGUCCAAGUAGUGGGGUGGGGGGAGUCUGCCCAGCAGGCAUCCGAAACGGACCCUUGUUUGUAACCUUGCAGCGCACCCCUGCUGUCCUGCUCGGGUGCCCCCUCCGCAGCAGGCCUGGGAAUGUGCUCGCUCCUGGAGCUUCGGAUCUGCGUAAAAGUUUAUGGAGAUUCUGAAUGACUCAACGUGCGCGAGACGCGAUGGGAGAGGAGUGGCUGCCGGGCUCUGUGCUUUCCACUGCUUCCUGGCCUCGUCGUCACUCUCGCCUGCUCCCCGCCCCGUGGAAAUGACCGAUGCAGGGAAAAAUGUGAAUGUCGGGUCAUGUAUUUCCCCCUCUCCCCCUAUGUGGCUGCUGUCGGUGUGCUUAGAAUACAGUGUCUCGCACCCUGGGAGUUUAAAUUGAACUCCCUGUCUUGCCAUGUCAAUCCAGAAAGGAAAGAGACCCGUUCUCCUCUCUGUACCACAGGAAACAAUAAAUCCGGAUCCUCUCUCCAACGCCUCUGGGAUUGUAAACGCCACGAGGCAGGGACUGCAAAACCUAGUCCAGUGGGACAGUGAGUCUGAUGGGGGCUUCUAGGCCUUCCCGCAGCCUGAGUGUUCGGCUCCAUUUCCCCAUGGGACUGAUCUAGCCCUAGCUGCAGUAUUCGGGGCGGGGGUCGCCUUACUCCAAAGAAGAAACUGCUUCUCUUUCUUCCCUCUCCCCCGCCCCACAUUAUUGGGGGGCCAUUCAGACCUUCCCAGAAAAAAUGGGAUGCAUCAAGGUACCAAAUUCCCAGGGAUUCUGCUUGUCUCUCGCCUUGUGGGUUCUUGCUGGUGGUGCUGUCACAGGGAUGUCGUCCCUCUGAACCAGCCUCCCCCCGCCCCUUCCCAUUCCCCUCUGGGAUACGGUGAUACUGAAUGGAAACUGGAAAGGCCUUAUUCCUGUUAGAGCCUGAACUCCAGCGGGCCCCUGGGAGCUGUCUCAGUCCCUGCAGUGGAGGUGACGUAUGGGUGGGGGACAAAUCACUCCCUUUGCGUGAUUGUGAAGUGGGAGGACCCCCCCCCCCACCCUUGCCCUUCUCCGGAUGUGGGGAAUCUCCUUUGCUCUCUCUGGGUAGGUUUACGCUGGAGGGAUUUUUACCUCCAUUUACUUAGUCGCCAGUUAACAUUCGCCCCUUUGUAAAGGCUGGACGCUCCCCAAGCACUUGGUCCCAGCGACAGCAAUGUGUGUGACUCAGCCGAGCGACAAGGAUACAGGUUUGUGUUGGGGGCUGAUGGGCCACGCCCAGCCUCCGACCUGCUGCAGUAUCCCCAGGUAGUGCCAAGCUGACUGCAGGGUAGAGGGGAGGAUUUGGGCUCUAAAACCAGCUCCCGUCUCUUGUUCUGGCUAGUGGUGAGCGAACCAGCUCCCUGGAGCUCUGCUGGCGGGUCCUGUUAGGGAGUCGCUCCCGGAGCCAGACACAGGCUUCCUGCUUUCCAGUCCACUUCCACCUCCCUCUCUCCCCACUCCGGACAGGAUCAAAGGAAAGAGCCAGCUAGUCUCUGGGGUCUGAAGAUGAACUCUUCCUUUGCUAACUAAUGUCUGUCUCUGCUUGGGGAAAUGGGCCUUAUCCCGCCCUCCCUCAUGCUGCAGGCUUGAUUGGCGUGUGUAAAAUACUCCGGAAUCCUUGCAGCUCUGCCCUGCUAAGACAAGCCAGGCUGCUUGCCGCUCAGCCUCCGGGUGGCUAGGAUGUGGAGGGAGGGUUUGCCGCCCGAACUGGUUCUUUCACCCUUGCUCCUGCGGGCUGCUUAGCCAAGAAGGGAGAGAAGGCUGCCGAACAAGCUCUUGCAUCUCGUCCUGUGCAGAGCACUGCUCGACUUGGACGAGAGCCAGGGACAGAAGGAGAAACUAAGAAUGGAGAUGGUGCCCUGUCCCUUCAUCUUGUACAGGCAGGAUGGGUAGGGCAGGAUCCAGGUCCCAAGGAGUUUCAGGGGCUCUCGGACGCUGAUCUGCCUCUGCUGGGAAACGGUCUCCCAGCUACAUGUGCUGUUUUGUAAUGGUAGCAUCUAGAGCAGGGCCCCGUUGUGGCCUACAAAAGGAGGUGAUGGUCCCAGAGAGCUGACAACUUAAAUCAUUUAAACGUGUUCUGUGGGAGCAGAUGGGUUCUCGGCUCCUUGCUGUGCCCCAUCCCUCACCCCGUUCCAGCCCCUGCAUCAUUUCACCUCCUCCAAAUAGACAAACCAUUGACCUGACAUCCCCUCGGCUUGUUCGCCCAGCAGCCCCACCCUGCUCCAGGCAGGGGAUUUGGUCUCUGAGAUCAAAGCCUUUCUCCGCAAACCUCCGUCAGCUCUUUAUCUCUUGGCUCUCUUCUCUCUCCCCAUCUCGAAUGUUCUGUACUUUGUGGUGUUUUAAAUAGCCCCUUUGCGGAGAGGACCAUGGGGGCUGAGAUCAGGAGUACAGCACACAGUUUAGAGCAAGCCAAGGGAAAGAUUUAAGACCAAGCUAAGGGGUUUAGGUGCCCAGAUCCCUUUGAAAGUCGUGACAGGCGCCUAAUUGCACAUCGAGUCGUGAGCCAGCAGUCAGGAAGGGGAAUCUGCCUGGGAGGUUGGAUCUUCAGCCACAGUACAAUAUUAGGGCAUCAUGGGACCGGCAUCCUACCACAGGGCUCGUGUGAUGUGGCAUUCAGCAGUCUCUGGCUUCGGGUUAACUUGGGGUAGUGAAGUGGAGGCAAGAGGAAAGCAUCAGAGAACAUGAUGAGUCAGGCUGGAGGACCCUGUUAGACGUGCCCAUGUCCCACUGUGCCUGAAAAGCUGCUCCUCUUUGAUUAGAGACAGAAAUUCUUAUGGGCCUAUCUUCUGCAUUUCUAAGUACCUACCCCCAGGAAAUGGACCAGUGGUCCAACUACUAGACCAUCUUGUCUCCAAUGGUGGUCCAUGCAGGGAUCAUCUUCUCCACUCCAUUCGCUGUGAUCUCCUACUUCCUGAUAUGGUUUGUGCCAGACCUCUCGAGUGGCCAAGUGAUGUGGUAUCUUCUCUUCUACUGCAUGUUCCAGACGCUUGUGACGUGUUUCCAUGUUCCCUAUUCAGCGCUCACGAUGUUCAUCAGCAGGGAGCAGAGCGAACGGGAUUCCGCUACCGCCUAUCGUAUGACGGUGGAGGUGCUGGGCACCGUGCUGGGUACAGCCAUCCAGGGGCAGAUCGUGGGCCAGGUGGACACGCCGUGCAUUCAGGACUCCCGCCUCUUUGGCGUCACUAACUCCUCGGUGGCCAUGGAGGAGGUGAACAUUACCCGUGAUGCCGGCUCCCUCACGGACACGAGAAACGCCUACAUGAUUGCAGCGGGAGUCAUUGGUGGGAUCUACAUACUCUGUGCCAUCGUCCUGUUUCUGGGCGUGCGGGAGAAGCGAGAUGCCUCUGAGCUCCAGUCGGAUGAGCCCAUCUCUUUCUUCCGGGGGCUGAAGCUGGUGAUGAAACACGGUGCCUACAUCAAGCUGAUUGCUGGCUUCCUCUUCACCUCGCUCGCCUUCAUGCUGCUGGAAGGGAACUUUGCCUUGUUUUGUACCUACACCCUGGGAUUCCGCAACGAAUUCCAGAACAUCCUCCUAGCCAUCAUGCUCUCUGCCACCUUGUCUAUCCCCCUCUGGCAAUGGUUCCUUAUGCGCUUUGGGAAGAAAACUGCUGUGUAUGUUGGGAUCUCGUCUGCCAUCCCCUUCCUCAUCAUGGUUGUCGUUCUGGACAGUAACUUGAUCGUCACCUACGUUGUGGCCAUUGCAGCUGGGAUCAGUGUCGCUGCUGCCUUCCUCUUGCCGUGGUCCAUGCUGCCAGAUGUCAUAGACGACUUCAACCUCCAGCACCCAGACUCCCGUGGCCAUGAAGCUAUUUUCUUCUCCUUUUACGUCUUCUUCACCAAGUUUGCCUCCGGGGUGUCUCUGGGGAUCUCCACACUCAGCUUAGACUUUGCAGGCUAUAAGACCCGGGGAUGCUCCCAGCCCGAGGAGGUGAAAUUCACGCUGAAGAUGCUGGUAUCAGCAGCCCCGGUGGGGUUGAUCCUGCUGGGCCUGCUCCUAUUCAAGCUGUACCCCAUUGACGAGGACAGGCGGAGGGAAAACAAGAAGGCCCUGCAGGAUUUAAGGGAGGAGGAAAACAGCAGCGACUCGGACUCCACGGAACUCGCCAGCAUCGUGUGACCCCGGCUCACCUCCAUCUACUGUUUACACACUGGGCGUCUUCAGGGACUGGACGGGGUCGCUGCCGAGUAACCACGUUACCCAGAACUCCUGGAGAUGCUGGUGACGUGCUACGCGGGGCUUUGUGGAGCAUCUGUGGUGAAUGUUACAUGGGAUCUGCGGGCAGUGGUCUCGGGCCAUCCAUGGGAUCCAUAGAGUGCCGGUAGUGUACGUUACACGGGAUCUAUUCAGUACUGCACUAAUGUGCCUCUUAACGAACAAACACUACACCAGCCUGGCCCGCGCAGCGCUGUCUGCAGAGCACAGCAGCCUGAGCCAGGAAGCUAUUGCUCGUAACACACAGGAGACUUGUGCGUACUCUCUGCCUCUCACACACUGAUUUGCCUGCUACUGCAGGCACUGAAUAUGGCACAGAUCCUUGCAGUAUUGUCUCUGGAUCACUCGUGGACCCAUGUGGUGCUGGUAGUGUACAUUACACUGUUAAUGUGAAUGAGAUGAAGAUUAACUCACCUGUACUAUCUGUAAAAUAAGGACACUAAUGUAGAAAGAGCUGGGUUUUUUUUAUAAAGUCUAAUUAAUUAAAUAACUUAAUGAUUUGUACAUAGAAAUUAUUUUUCCCUAUUUGUAUAUGUCUGUAUGGAAUCCAAACUGGAACUAUUAAUAUUAAUUUACAUAAAAGUGGGGAAAUGUCA